GCGCAUGUGGUGUCAGGUCCAGUUAUUCUUUGCAUUUCAUAUUUUCGCAGUCGAACCAGACGAUAGAAUUGAUUUUUCUGCAAUGAAUUCGAGACUUGAGAUCAGACUAUGAAGCCUGUUUGCAUAAUAAGACAAAGUACUUGAUUAACAUGUUGACAACAUUGAUAAUCUCUCCACUACUUCCCAUUCAAAAUGGAUUCUGCUUGCAAAGUAUUCCACGCCUUGGCUUUUGCCUACUAUUGCUUCUCAUACUACUACUAUUGUGAGCAUGUUUACUAUCGGGUAAAUGCGUCAGAUUUUCGACCUAAGAGCUAUCAAUAUGGAGGCGACACCAAAUUCCUUACUAUGUGGUGCUGGUACUUUCAGAUUGUCUACUUCUUCUUAUGUUGUGUAGCUGAUGUAAUGGAGAUGAUGGGAACGAAACCCCAAAAGAUGCAUACCAUAAGAGACUGGUUUCUAUCUUCUAUUGCUUUCCCUGUAGGAAUGAUGGUAGUUAGCAUGUUUUGGAUACUCUGGUCUAUUGAUAGAAAGUUGGUCUUUCCAAAAGAGUUGGACGAGUUCUUUCCAGUUUGGCUCAACCAUGUUUUACAUACAAAUGUCUUACCAAUCUUAUUAGUUGAAAUGUGGUUGUUACGUCACAAACCUCCAUCAAGGAUACGUGGUGUUACAACUCUCUCACUCUUCUCGGCUCUUUACAUGGCUUGGAUAUUUUGGUUAGGAUACGGUGUUAAUAUCUGGGUAUAUCCUAUCCUUCGUGUUCUCUCUGGGAUUAAGUUUGUUUUCUUCAUUGUUUUAUGUGCAACCGCACCUCUUCCAGUCUACUUUCUUGGAGAAUGGUGCAUCAAUGUAUUUCAUGGUUCAGGCGAAAGAUCAAAGAAGGUUAAAUAAACUAUACAAAGAUGGCAAACACCUCAUACCAGUAAAGAGUGCAUGCAUUGGUUACUAUCAGCAAAUCGCUCUGCAAUUCUGUGUUUCAAGCUCAAUCUGUACAUGUGUAACGUUGUAAGUGAAAUUUUGAUUAAUUCAUUGUUAUACCAUCAACUAGUUAAUGAAACUGUUCUCAUUUUUGUGUCAGAGUUAAACUCACUAAGUUCGUUAUACCUGCAGGCCCUAAUGAAAAACGACCUUUGGUUACUUGAUAUUUGACCAUAGUCUUAUGUUCCAUAGUACCACUUACAAGAUUUUCGGAGGACGUGGGGGGGGGGGGGUUAAAAGUGACAAAAGACAAAAAUCUAUUACUUUGAAAUAAUCAUACUUCAUCUAACGUAACCCAUCGAUUAAACGCCUCUGAGAUGUAUCAGUAAUAUUAUAGGUGAAAAUUGAGUAGACCUAUUGUUGAUAAGAUUGAGCGCCCUCACUCAGGAAUUCAUUUCGCAUUAAUAUAUAGGUGUCACACUUCCCCAUUUCCAGGCGUAUUAUGAGAGUUCGCGAAAAGAUAAUAAGGAUUUAAUAAGGGUGACUAAUGUUUUCUGCCAGUAGACAAGACAGGAUAAUCACGUUCAUUCUUUAUUGAUUAAAUAGUUUUCAAAAAGUUAAGCAACAUUUCUUCCGCAUUUAGUCAAAGAAGUGUAGUGAAUGCCCUUUCUAGAACCAGUGUUAGAUGGCGAAUCAUAUUCAUACAUUUUUGUCAAUCAGUUAUAUCACAUCAGAAUUAAUGGGAAUAUUGGAUGAGUCGAAUUGAUAUCAUUUUACCAUCUUGAUGAAAUUAGUCGUUCAAAACCUAUAAAUACGAAGAACCUAACGUAUCAAUCCUAUUUCAUUCUUGAUAAUACUCUUUACCUCUGGUGUUUUUUUAAGUCGAGUACCCGACGUUUAAAGAUUUGACAUUUUUAUGUCUGCAUAAUCUUUAGAUUCACAAAAUCGGUCCUAGAUGACUAUUGUAUUUUUUUACAGGCGUAUCCCGCCACAAGCCUCAGCUUUAGGGCAUAUGCCUUCUUUUUUAAACCUAACAUGUAUACAAUAUUUAUAUUCUUCAUAACAAGUUGAUUUUUGUAUGAAUUAAUGUUUGCGAAAAAUGUAAUGAAAUAGACGAAAACAAAUGUUUAUUUUAAUUGAAUUGACCUGACUUUAUAAUACGAUAGAACAACCAACCUCGUUGAUAAACAUUAUAACAUCUUGACAUGAUUAACUCAUACCUAUACAGAAAAAAAACACUGCGUAAAUAAAUAUCUAUCAAAGUCAUAAUUGUCAUUUUUGGGGGGCCGAAAUGCUGGUCAUUUCUCUAGUAUUAUAAUAUUGUUGUUCGAUUUCCUAUUUUUCAAUCUAAUCAAGUGUUUAAUUGUAUACAGGUUAUCAUUUCUUCGAGAUGAUGAGUAAUAUUUUUCGAAGGGGUCUAAAUAUCAUUUUAUACCUUUAUCACUUUCCUACUUGAGCUAAAGAAAAAUACACUUAAUGCAAUUCCGAAUUUUCUAACCUGCAAGUUUUGAUUGUAGGCUCUAAUCCGAACUGCUCAAAAUCCGUUUUUAUUAUUGAAAAUAGUGUGUAUUUUUCAAGGCAACAUCGGAAAAACGUAUUUUUAUAACGGUGAAUUAAAACCUUUCACUCUUUACUUUUUGUUUUCUUCGUGAUUUUGAAUAUACUUUGUACGAUGUAAUAUAUGAUAAAAUACUGCUGUAUUGGACAAUAAAUGCCUUUAGAUGAAUAUGAUGAAACCAGAA